AUGACCGCACUCGAUCACGCUCUGAGGGAAAAUCAAGGCGUCUUGCAAGAGUUUUCUGCCCUCAGCGACUUUUCCGGCGAGAACAUUGCCUUCCUCGCUCGCGUCUCCGAGUGGAAGUCGAGAUCGUGGCCGAAUGCCAUUUCGGAUUCGGAAUCUCGCGAGUCUCUCGCUCAAGAAGAGCGACUCGAUGCAUACAAUUACGCCCUCCAGAUUUACGCCGACUUCAUCUCUUUGGAGCAUGCUGACUUCCCUCUGAAUCUUCCCUCCCAGGAUAUGAAGCAGCUGUUCCGGGUCUUUGACAAGCCUGCCCGUAUCUUGUUUGGGGAAGACGCUUCUGUCAAUAUUGCUGUGCCCUUUGAUGAUGCUUACCUGAGAUCUCGCACAGGGUCAAGCUCGGGAAGCAGCGGGGAUAUCCGGCAUCAAGCUCGAUACACCGGUGAUAUCCCCUCGGGAUUCAGCUCCACGGUGUUUGAUAGCGCACAAGGCCACAUCAAGUAUCUUGUGUUGACAAAUACCUGGCCUAAGUUUGUUCGGGAGAUGCACUCCAGGCGGCGGUCUAGCGAGACCAGUCGGAGUGUUAUGACAGCCGAGACUACAAAAUCCGAGUCUUCGCUUCUGACCAAAGUCUCAAGCAGUGUCUCGAGUCUCCUUCGAUCUGUCAAGGCUAUAUAG